GGCCCCAAAGCUGUGGCUGAAUGGCUUCAGCAGCUGGAGAGUAUCUUUGAUCUGUUGUUCACCACUGAUGAGGUGAAAAUCCGUUGUGCCUCGUUCGUGAUGACCGGAGAUGCUAGGACUUGGUGGAAUGACUAUUGGAGGCUUCAUCCUCGUGCUGAGAGGGAUGCAUUGACUUGGGACCAGAUGGUUACUAUAGUCAAGGACAAGUAUUACCGAGAGGCUCACCGUGCCCAGAUGAUGAAGGACUUUUGGGAGCUCAAGCAGGGACCCCGGCCCGUGGAUGUCUACGAGCGCGACUUCACUCGUAUGUGCGCAUUUACUCCGAUGCUCGUGGAUACCGACCAGAAGAAGGCCUUUCGUUUCCGUGAUGGUCUUCGCCCCGACCUUUGUUACACCCUGACUGGUCACGGAGCUCUGCCUUACUCCGAGAUGGUUCACCGAGCCACUGAGUUAGAGGUUUGCCAGAAUGCCCAGAGGGCGGCUGUCCCAUCCUAUCAGCAGACCCCUAUGAUUCAGCCUAUCUCAGCUGUUGCGCCCGGUUCUAAUUCGGGCAAGAUGAAGGCCGACCAUUUCCAGAAUAAGAAGAAAGGCAAGAAAGGGAACUUCGGGAGGCGUGAUGACCGACCCCCUCAGGGACAGCUUCCGAGGUGCCCUAACUGCGGCAAAUUCCAUGGGCUAGGAGAGUGCCGAGCAGCCGAAAGACACUUUUUAAUUGCCACC